AUGUCGUGGCAAACAUACGUUGAUGAUCACUUGAUGUGCGACAUUGAAGGGCAAGCGGGCGUUCGCCUCUCGGCCGCUGCUAUCAUGGGCCAAGAUGGUGCCAUCUGGGCUCAGAGUGCUAGCUUUCCUCAAUUGAAGGCAGAUGAGAUCAAAGGCAUAAUGACUGACUUCGAAGAGCCCGGGCAUCUGGCCCCGACUGGCCUAUUCAUUGCAGGAACAAAAUACAUGGUCAUCCAAGGAGAGCCUAAUGCUGUCAUUCGUGGAAAAAAGGGUUCCGGAGGAAUCACAAUAAAGAAGACGGGCCAAGCACUAGUUUUCGGGCUAUACGAGGAGCCCGUUACACCGGGCCAGUGCAACAUGGUUGUUGAGAGGCUCGCUGACUAUCUCAUUGACCAGGAAGUUACCUCCCCCAACCCUGCUGAAAACAGAAGGACGAAGCAAAAUCCGGCGCUGCUCAGCCAGUGCAGAAGCCCGGUCCCGACCAGCCGAAGAGAGAAGAGAGGGAGACAUUGGAUGAGGCAAAGACCCUACCAGGACCGAGAUCGGCGCACCCAGCCUCUCCCUCGGUCAGCUCCGCCCCACGACCCGAACCAGAAGAGCCCCGCAUCUGAGCCCGACCUCCAAGACCAAAUCCUACAGACGGCCCAACCGAACAGAGCAGGCGACAGAUCGGGGUUAGCAUAA